UUUAUAGAGUAGCAGACAGGGGGGCCAGUCCCUACAAAGAGGGAAUAGGUUAGAGAGAAGAGUAGACAAGGAACGAGAGUAGAGAGAGAGAGAGAGACAAACAGAGAGACAGAGACAGAGACUCAAAGAGAGUCUGCAUGCAGCCAGCCUGGGACAGCUUGGUACUGUAGAAACAGCCAGACGUUCAACUCUAGCACUAAUUUCCUCUCUGCUCCACAGCAAGCCCACCUGGUUCAGCUCAACACUGCAUCAUCAGAGCCAGCCCAUUCUCUACAUAUGGAGAGGGAGCCGGCUUCUUUUCAGACACUCAGCAUCUAGGUCCUGAGGCAAGGGUACUGAAGCAGAGUCCUACAGAAUUUCUGGAAGAGGAAACGUUGCAGUAACAACUUAGAGUGUCUGUGUGAUUAUGGAUGACUCCAGCCGUCACUCUGAGUAGAGCAUCAUCCUCCAUCAUGGUACAGCAAAGGGGACACAAAUACUUAGCAGUUAUGGACAGUGAUUUGAGCCAAGAGGUUUUCGUAGGACUGGGAGCAGAUGAAGGGGAGGAGGUUUUUGGACCGUCGCCCUCCAACAAAGACCCCAACUGGUGCAAGACUCCCACGGGUCACAUCAAGCGGCCCAUGAAUGCAUUCAUGGUCUGGUCGCAAAUCGAGAGACGGAAGAUCAUGGAGCAGUGGCCAGAUAUGCAUAACGCAGAGAUCUCCAAACGCCUAGGCAAGCGCUGGAAACUCCUCCCCGACUACGAGAAGAUCCCCUUCAUCAAAGAAGCGGAGAGACUUCGGCUAAAGCACAUGGCCGAUUACCCCGACUACAAGUACCGGCCCCGGAAGAAGAGCAAGAGCUCCAUGCCUGUGCGGGUCGGGGAAAAGGUCCCCCUGAAGACAGGCAAGUCCCACACGGGUGGUCGUGCAUCUGCUUCCGCAACCUCCACAGCCACCAGCAAAGGGCUCAAGGUCCGAACGCCUUCCUCCAAACACAGAGCCAGCUUCCACGGCAAUAAGUUCAAAGGUUACGACGAGGGCAUCAGCGAUGACGACACAGUGGAUGUAGAGAUGGCCAGUCAGGGAGCAAGCCAGCCAGGAGGGCAGAGGCCAGCCUUGGGCGUCUUCCACCACCAGCAGGCUGCCUUGACCCCUGGGGAGCAGCAGCCUCAUCUCACAGCCCAGCUCAGAGUGAAAUUGCCCACCACCACCUCCCACCAGCCCACCUCCACCCUCCCUGUGGGCCUCUCCUCUGGGUCUCCUGUACCCCAGAGCCUCCCAGAGUCAUCCCCCAGGGUGUCCUCUUCAUCGGAGUCCCGUACGCCCCUCUCCUCCACCGGCCGCUCCUCCACCCCCACCUCCACCAGCUCCUCCUCAUUCGUGUCGUCGGCCUCCUCCGACGAGGAGCUGGACGAGGAGAUCUUGCAUAUCAUCUCCAACGCCAACUUCGACAGCAUGCCUAUGGAUUGCGCCACUCUGGACAAAGACUUUGACGCUGCGUUUCACACCAACUCAGGAUCCCACUUCGAUUUCCCUGACUACUGCACCCCAGAAGUGAAUGAGAUGAUAUCCGGGGACUUGCUGGUGCCCAGUAUCUCUGAUCUGGUGUUCAAGAUCUACUGAGCUUCAUUCAUAAAAGCCUGUGGUUUUUUUGCUUAUAUUAUUUAUUUUUCCCCACCCCGAGCUUGGACACUUCCUUUUUGUGUUCUCUCAAUCAAGUCCGUAAGUGCUAUUGCUUUUCUUUUCCUCGUAUGCCACAUCCUGAUGGUCUGGUGUACAAACAGUGAAAGGUUUCUCACUCCAAGCCUUUUAUCAAAGUUAAAAUAUUCAGGCACCGAACAGGAGACCAGGUACAAACAGCAGAGCAGACUCUGAACAGAUAUGUUCCUACUAGAGGGAUACGAAUGCUUUCAACAGUAAACCUAUUCAGUAUUUAUUGUUUUCAGUAUUAACAGGAGCAUGGAGCAUUGCCAUGUCUUUCACAUGCAUUUGUUGUGUACGAAGCACCAUUACAGCAAUGUUCUGACAUAAUCAACCAGAAUCAAGGCAACAACUGCAGAUUCACAUUUUCAAAUUCACAAAGUAGCCUCAUUCCUGAUUUAUUCAUGUUAUCAACAAAUGAUCUCUAAAUAUCAAAGGGUAAAAAGGGAGAUCAUGUGAGGCAUAGUCCUUAUGUUUCAGCUAAUAGGAAUCUGCAGCACUUGUCAUCAGGCUUUUACAGUAGCAUCAGUUAAAGUAGAGGCUCUCGCCAAGAGAGAAAUCUGCUGCAGACAAGUGCCAAGGAGCCGGCCAUAAUUUAUUUCAUAAUCUGUAAUUAGAUAACAGCACUUUCAUCGCCUCACUAAUACUGCAGACUCCAAGACAUGGAGUAUUACGUAAACACAAGCCUUGUGUGUGUGCCUGAUUCAUUCCAGACAGUUGAGGCUGACUGUAGCGGUGGUAUGGUGGUUAGAGUGUGGGGCUGAGUACUGGAGGGGGAACAGGAAGGGAGAGAGGGGAAGUGAAAGAGGGGCCAGGGGGUCGGUGAUUGGGGUGAGGAGAAGCUUUUCUUUCAGGGAGCUGUACAUCUGUCCGUGCAGGCAGCAGCCUUUGUGCCGGGGUCGGAGUGAGUGUGUAUGUGUGAGUGUGUGUGUGUGUGUGUGUGUGUGUGUGUGUGUGUGUGUGUGUGUGUGUGUGUGUGUGUGUGUGUGUGUGUGUGUGUGUGUGUGUGUGUGUGUGUGUGUGUGUGUGUGUGUGUGUGUGUGUGUUUGAGCUCUAUUGAGCAAGCGUCUGCCAGCCGGGGUAGUGGAGAGGGGGGUAGUGUAUUCAGGGGGAGAUGAGGACACGGCCAUCCACACACCCACCAGCUCAGUAAAAUGCAUGUCAUGUCUGCAGUCUGGCUGCAGCUGCCUGAUCAGGGCCGAUUCAGCGGUGAAUGGAGGAGAAUCUGUCCGCCAGCUGUCCCUCCAUUGACUCUCUCAGGGAUCAUUUUGUCUAGAGGUCCUUCUGCCCCUGCCUCAUUCAUCUGCCCUGAUCUGGGGAUGAGAUGCACGCCACCUCUCCUCUCCUCUUCUAUCUCUCUUUCAAACAACCGUCGGGGGAACGAGGUGACAGAAUGAGAGAGUGAGACGGACCCCCCUUCUCUCUCCAUCCCAACAUGUGACCUUUCUUCUUUUCAUCCCUCUAUCCUCAUUAAUUACAUCGCCUGGCUUUGGCACUGUGGUGAAAAGGACCAGUGUUAUUUACUUACUCUCCACCAGCAGCUGCCGAAGAGCCAGCCAGAAAGCAGCACCAAAACCCUUCCUGCAGUUCUUAUUUUAUAUAAACUGAUGCUAAUCCCUCGUCAGACCGACCUUGUCAGAGCCAGUCAGCAUCCUGCCCCACGCGUUGCAGUGUGUCUCUGGAGCAGGCCGUGGAGAGGCAGGAGACGGGGGAUAUGUGAUGGGACCAUGGGGGAUACACUGGGAGUUUGUUUUCAGACCAAGAUGCACUGUUUAGGGUUGUGUCUUAAUGACUGUGUGGUAUAGGGAUCAUGACGAGAACAGGAUUGGUUUUUAUGUUGUGUUCCUCCUCAGUCCCUCCCCCCCAGGAAACGCCUGAAGGAACCAUUGCUUGUUUAUGAGCGACAGUGUUUUCAGUUCCUUGUGAUGAGAGAACUGCACCAUAACCUUUACAGUACAAUGUCUUCAUUAGCAAAAAACGAACAAAAAAUAAAAUCAGGUAACUUGUUUCUGAACUGGAAGGUGGCUUCCUUCAUAGAUAUCAAUGGUAGGAGAAGAUAGAUGAAGGUUAAAAAAAAGAAAAAGAAAAAAAACAGUUGGUUCCACUACGACCAGAGGCCUUUAAGAAUCCAUACAACAACACUGAUUCAUUUUUUCUGUAACAUAUAAGUAGGAGGUCCUUUAAAAAUAUUGGAAGGAUACCAUUUGAAAGGGAAAGAACAACAUCCAACCUCCAUCUAAAAGUGAACUGCAAUCGAGGUUUUAGACAUACUGCAUGUGUCCUAGUAUUAAAAAAGUGAUCGCCAGUAUUCUGUACUGUUAAUACACACCACUAUUGGUUUACAUAGACAAAGUAAGGCAAACCAUUCCUGAACAAAUCAGUAUUCAGGGAUGAAACAGGGGAAAUUACAAAUACAGAUUAAUCAAAAAUGUCUUGGCUCACCAGUUGAAUGGGUAUUUCAACUCUUGAUUAUGUACAUGAUACAGUACAAAAUAUUCCAUGUUCUGUCUGGUUAUAAUAUUAUCACUCAACAAACCUACAGUACCGUACAGUGUAAUGGAACCAAUACUGAAUUCAACACCAGCAGUCUAAAACUGGACUCAGGACUAAGGUAACAGCUCACUGUGGAACUGCUCCUAUGAGUUUUAGUCAUUCUAUUGUGCUGUAUAUUAGAUCAUGCAUCUGAAAAAAAUAUGUACCAGCAAAAAAAAUUGAUACUGCUGAGUUAUACCUUUUCAAAGAUGUAAUGUUUGAAAGUACAGUAUGUAUCAAUCAUUCAGAUGCAUUUAAGUGUAAAUAAAAUAUUUAUUUAAUUACAUAAAAAUGUUUUUAAAAAAGCAAAAGGUUGGAAAGGGACACCCUUGACAGAAACCUAACCAGCAUUUCCGAUUAUUUAUUUAAUACUUGUGUUUUUUAUUAGAAUAUUUCUAGGCUCAUUUUAUUUAUUUAUUUCAUAUUUUAGAAAGAGAGCUAGAAACCGGCCUAGACAACUCACAGAUGGGCUCCGGCAAAUUAGUGUCAAGAGUGAUAAAUGCAAAAAGCUGUGGAGAAAUUAAGCUGGGUAAAAACAUCCAUCUGGUGUGCACCUCCUACUCUGGGCCGGCCUUUGAUGAAUAGCAUUCCCUGAGACAGAAAUACAAGGACAAUGCAAAUUUCAUCGAGCCGUCGGCCUCCCUCUCCUACCACCACCCCCCCCACCCCCCCCACCCCCACCCCACCCUUUCCCCCUCACAUCACAAGUGGGGCAUAGCAGCCCCCGCCAUACUGAGCUUGACUGUCUGACUGUCUGUCUGACUGUCUGUCUCCAGCUACAGCGUCUUGCAUGUGGCUGCCACCAUGGUGACCAGGGGCCCCCAGCAGGACCAGUCCAGGGCUAUAGGGGUCCACAGGGGCCACUCUCAACCUCAGGGUCCUAGUAGGACUUAACUUACCAUUCCUUUAAACCACACCGACCUGACAACACAACAGCAGCACUGGGAGACCCGCCCUGCUGCACACAGAAGUAGCCAAAAUAUGACCAUGAUGCCUCACAUACAAGUACAUAUUGUUUACAAGGUUUUACAGUAUUAUAGUCUGAGCUGAAUACAGAAUGUUUCCUCCGUUUUCAUCCUCGCAGCAAGGGUUAUUUUGAUUUGUUUACAAUGUCAAAUAUGAUUUGUAGUCUAUUCACCAGCACGUUUUUGGUCUUAGUUAUGGCAAAUUGUAACAAAACCUAUUUCUGCGACAUGAAACAAACUGAAUUUUGUUUAAGCUGAAAAUAUGCUUGUGUUGAACUUUGAUUCCUCAACGUUAUUGUAAAACAGGGGAUAAUGGGGGUGUUUAAAUAUAUUUUCAUGUGUUACAAAUGCAUUGCAUCCAGCAGUACACUCCAGAGUGUACUAGUCUGAACAAACUGUCUAAUCAAAUCAAUAAGGCUCACCCCUAUUCAUCAGUAUAUAGAUAUACAUUGACAUACAUUUUAAGAUCUGUGUUGAUAAAUGUAAUUGGUCGAUAAGUAGAACCAAAAUUCUUGACAUUGCAUUGAUAAUAGGUAUGCAUGUACAAAUAGUAAAUGUCUCUAAAAUGGGAGUAACUGCACUCUGUAUAGCCUCCCAUGCAACACUUGUAUUGAAAACCAGGGGAAAAUGGUGGAAAAGGUCAUUUAGAAAUAUGCAUCACUAUGCUAACAAAACUUAUUGCUAAUAUUGUCAUAUUGGAAACCCCCUCUGCUGUGUAGACUGUCAUUCCUGCACUAUUCUUUAUGGAUUGGUGCAUAACAAACAUGAUGUAUUUCUAUCAAUCAGUCAUUUGCUGUAUUGCAAUUCGAUAAAGCUCAUUUAAUCUGUGUGCAAAAUGGUUCAACAGCUAACCAUCUCGUUCAUCUUAGUAUCGCGUUUGACCAAUAAUUAGCAUUGCUUUAUCAUGUAUCUGUAUGCUUUUUGUAGUGUGGUACAUUCAGCUGUUCUGACAGCGAGUAUGUGGAUAGAAAUCAAAGCACUUUGUUGUAAAUAUGUACGUAGAUCUGAGAGAUGCCAUUUUCAUUUUGGAUAGAGUUAUCAGUGUAGUGACACUCCAUCACUGAAUAAACUGUUGCAGUCAACAUUG